GAAAACAUUCCAUUGCGAAGAACCACUGUUUGUAGGCUACCAAACAAGUCGACCCGUGUGGAAACGCGCGGUAGCCUAGUAAAAUAUAUUAUUGUAUGUUUAUUUUUGUUUUUCAUAUCUCAACGCCCUUGUGCUUGAAGUCAAGAAAGCACUGCAGUCAUGUCAGAGGACAAGAAGAGAGGCGGCGAUGAGGGGGAAGAUGGAGGCCCCGGUCUUGUCUACAUGCCGUUUGUCAUCAUGGAAGAACUGCUGGACAAGCUGCGUCUGCUGGACUACGAUAAAGACUUCUCCAGGAAGAUGAACCUCAAGCCUAUCAACAGACAUUACUUUGCUAUCCAGACAAAUCCUGGUGAACAAUUCUACAUGUUCACGUCACUAGCAGCAUGGUUGUUGAGGAAAGCAGGACGCCAGUUUGAACAACCACAAGAGUAUGAUGAUCCAAAUGCAACAAUUUCAAGUAUCCUGGAUGAAGUGCGGAAAUAUGGUCAUGCCAUAGACUUCCCACCCUCGAAGCUGAAGCAAGGCUGGGGAGAGCACUGCAUCUACAUCUUGGAUCGACUGGCCGACGAGGCGCUUAAAAGCACCAACUUUCACUGGAAAAAACCUCAGUACCCGGAAGAGGAGAUGGACGAGGAAAACAUUGUGGAGGACGACUCAGAGCUAACCCUCAAUGAGAUAGAGAAGACCAUGGCCAUAGGACAAAAUUCUGACGUGGAAGACGCUGAUGAUGAUGAGCCUAUGAUGGACUUGGAGGGAAUGAAGAGACUCAACCUGAACAAGCAAAACUUUGAGUCCAGCAAGCCUGAGGAAAUCCUUGAGUCAACGACUGAUGCCGCCGACUGGAGACUGGAGGUCGAGAGGGUCAUGCCACAGCUCAAGGUCACCAUCAGGACGGACAAUAAGGACUGGCGAGUCCACCUGGAGCAGAUGCACCAGCACCACGAGGGGAUAGAGACCUCGCUGACCGACAGCCGGUCACACCUGGACAAGCUGCAGGACGAGAUCUCUCGCACCCUGGAGAAGAUCGCAAGCCGAGAGAAGUACAUCAACUCCCAGCUGGAACAUUUGCUCAUGAACUUCAGAUCUGUCCAAGACGCACUCGCAGAGACAAAGGAGAAGUAUCGUCAAGCUAGUGGUGGGGUCACAGAGAGGUCAAGGACUCUUGCCGAGAUCACAGAAGAGCUGGAGAAGGUGAAACAGGAAAUGGACGAACGUGGAAGCUCUAUGACGGAUGGAGCCCCUCUGGUGCGGAUCAAGCAGUCCAUCCAUCAGCUGAAGAACGAGAGCAAGCAGAUGGACAUCCGGGCGGGCGUGGUGGAGCACAUCCUUCUCCAGGCCAAGCUCAAGGACAAGACUCUACAGAACAAGCAGGUCCACGGCGGGGGCGCUCCGCAGGACGGAUUUAUUAUCUAGAUUGUUUUUUUGUAGUAGGACAAGGUGGGAUGGAUGUUUGUGUGUGUGUGUGUGUGUGUGCUCCGCAGGAUGGCUUUAUAAUCUAGGUUGGUUUUGUAGGACAGGGUGGGUGUUUGUGUAUGUGUAUAUGUGUGUGUGUGUUUGUGUGUGUGUGUGUGUGUGGGUGGG